AUGCACAGAUAUAUGAUCCAAAGCACACUACGCCAAUUUGGGGCGCAUAGGUUUGCAUCCACUUUGAGACCAGUCGCCAAAGAAUCAGUUAAGAAGGGAUACAAAACGCGGUAUAUUGUAGUGGGAAGUCUUGCUGUGUGUACUGUCCUUUACAAUACGAAUGACACCGUUCAUGAUUCUACAAGGCAUUUGAUUCUAACGAUGCGGAGGGUUGGGGUGGUUUCGAUAGCAACAACAAGGUGCUUUUACCACUACAAACGGAUUUUGGGGAAGACGUAUAAGGAUAAGGAGGUGAGGAAUAUAGAACUGAGCCGGUGUCACAAAAAGUGUGCCCUAAUUACACUACAUGCGUUGCAAUCCAACGGGGGCAUAUUUAUUAAGUUGGGGCAGCACAUUGGUGCGCUGACGUACUUACUACCAAGCGAAUGGACACAAACUAUGGUCCCCUUACAAGACCAAUGUCCCGAAUCAACAUUGGAGGAUAUUCAAGAAAUGAUCGCUGAGGAUAUGGGAAGCCAGUUUGCUGAACUGUUUGAGGAUGUUAACCCUAAGCCAAUAGGUGUCGCGUCCUUGGCGCAGGUUUAUGUUGGGAAACUGAGAGCAACUGGUCAAGAAGUGGCAAUCAAGUGUCAGCACCCUUCAUUGAAGGAGUUUGUCCCAUUGGAUGUUUUAUUGACGCGAACUGUAUUUGAGAUGCUUGAUAUUGUAUUCCCGGAAUACCCGCUGACAUGGUUGGGUGAUGAAUUGCAGUCUUCAAUUUAUGAGGAGUUAGACUUUACCAAAGAAGCAGAAAAUGCUGUGGCGACGGCAAAAUAUUUCGACAAGUUUACAGGCCUAACAGCAUUACGAAUUCCAAAGGUGAUACAGGCCAAUAACAGAGUACUGAUUAUGGAAUACAUCGCAGGGAAACGAUUGGAUGAUUUGGAUUACUUAAAGCAGAACCGUAUUUCACCCUCCGAAGUCUCGUCAUGCCUUUCUCACAUUUUCAAUAACAUGAUUUUUACUCCAAAUGUGGGACUUCAUUGUGAUCCUCAUGGUGGUAACCUAGCGAUACGAUCCAUCAAACCGACGAAAUUGAACAAGCACAAUUUUGAGAUCAUAUUAUUUGAUCAUGGAUUAUAUAGGCACCCUACUACCCAGACCAGGAGGGACUACGCGAAAUUCUGGCUGGCAAUGCUGGAUCAUGAUCAGGAAAAAAUGGUACUCUAUGCCAAUAAAUUUGCCAACGUCACAGAAGAUCAGUUCCCACUCUUUGCAGCUGCGAUCAGUGGUCGGAGCAUAGAUGUGGCGUUGAAUUACGAUAUAACGAAAAGAAGAACGAACGAGGAGAUUAGUCAGAUGACCAGCCGUCUCUUACAGGGCCAUUUCUUAGCUGACAUCAUGCGUAUAUUAUCGCGGGUUCCACGUAUUGUGUUGCUAAUUUUGAAAACUAAUGAUCUCACACGAUACCUUGAUGAGUGUCUGCAUAACCCGCUGGGUCCUGAACGGACGUUUUUGAUUAUGACUCAAUAUUGUGCAAAGACAGUAUUUGACGAGGAUGUGGAAGAGAUUGACAACUUAUACACUAAAUGGUCGUUCAAGUGGUGUUGGCAUUAUCUUUUAGUGUGGUCAUCUUACGAACGCAGGAAAAACCAGUUGGUGCUGUACGACACCAUAUUUUGGUGGAGACAGAAAGUGAACAAGUUUUUAAAGUUGAUAUAA